ACGCCAUCCUAGCCGAACCUGAACCACAAACCAGCAGGCUGGCAGCAGCUGCAAAGCACUAGCAAGUAGCUAGCCAGGGACAUGGACAGGAAGGUGUGCCUCACUCUACUCGCGCUCCUCGGCGUCCUGCUCGCGCCGGCAAGCCCCGUCGUGGCCGGCGGGAUGAAGGCCGCGUUCGCCGGCAGCCCCGGGUCUUCUUGGUCCGGAGACGCGGCGGCGCUAGGGCGGCUGAUGUCCACAAGGCUGGAGGACGGCGUCGCGCCGGAGCUCGCGCUGGACCUGGAGGUGCACCGCCGCAUCCUCGCCACCAACAUUGGCCCGCGUGUGUUCAAUCCCAACAGGCCCGCCUGCCCGGGAACGGGAUCGUGCGCUGGGCGAGGAAAUCCAUACACACCCAGCCGGGGAUGCCUGAAGAUUUACCAGUGCCGCAGCUGAAUGAAGGAGCCAACCGAUGUUCCGUGCAUCCUCGAGUGUGUUUCAUAUGAUCGAUUGAUCAGUGCGCCUCUGGCUUCUCGAUCGGCUCUCGCUGUGGCUGUGGCUGUGGUUGUGGCUUCCAGUGUCUUUAAAUAAUUAUUUUUUGUUCUAUUGACAAGAAUUGUGAACCCAUGAGGAUUGUUCGUGUAAGAGAGAUGGCAUGCUGUAUGACUUUGCAAAUCGAUGCUAGCUUACUUCUGAGUUCCGGUUACCUGUUGUACUUUCCCUUUCUGUUUAAUAAUAAAUAAUAUAAAUAUUAUGCAA